ACUGAUAGACAUGGUAUUCUCCAUCCCAUCCCACAAUUCCUACCUUCUAGAAGUUUACUGCACUUUGGUUUGAGAGUUCUAAAUGAUAUUUUCUUCCUCGUGAAUCUCAUUUUCAUAUUAAAUAAUGUUUGAAUUCUGAUAAAGUAAGUAGAUAUUAAGCCAACUACGAAACACUGAUCACAUUGUUCACCAGACUGAAAUCCUUGAUCGUCCAAGCUUCAUACAUUUCAUUUUGAGGUUGUUUUGUUGAAUCCCUCAGAAUGAGUUGGUACUCAUGGUGGAUUGGCUCUCUUGGUUCUAGAGCUGGGAGAGUCCAGCAAAACGUUGAAGUCUCAGAACUAAAAUCCGACAAGCAAAGAGUAGCUCUGAUUAUAGGAGUCACAGGAAUUGUGGGCAAUAGCUUGGCUGAAAUCUUGCAUUUGUCAGACACUCCUGGUGGACCCUGGAAAGUUUAUGGUGUCGCCAGGAGGCCUAAGCCUAAUUGGUCUCCAGAUACUCCAGUUGAAUACAUCCAAUGUGAUGUGCUAAACAGAGGAGAAACUUUAGAAAGGAUUUCUACUUUGAAGGAUGUAACUCAUCUUUUUUGGGUUUGUUGGGUUAGUAGAGAGACAGAGGAACAGAACUGUGAAGACAAUGGAAGAAUGUUCCAUAAUGUCUUAGACGCACUACUGCCUAAUGCCGAAAAUCUUGAGCAUAUCUGUCUGCAGACUGGUGGGAAACACUACGUAGGUUCAUUUGAUAAUUUGAACAAAAAUAAAAAAUUUCAGCCCCAUGAGCCACCUUUUCAUGAAGAGCUGACUAGGGUACCUGGGCCAAAUUUCUACUACACUCUUGAAGAUAUACUGUUUGAUGCUGCCAAGAAGAAAAAGGGACUAACUUGGUCCAUUCACCGCCCCACACACAUAUUUGGCUUCUCUCCUUGGAGCUUAAUGAAUAUCAUUGGUACUAUCUGUGUCUAUGCUUCCAUUUGCAAAUAUGAGGGGCUUUCUUUCAAAUACCCGGGCAAUAGAAUCACUUGGGAACAAUUAAUGGAUGUAUCUGAUGCUUAAUUGAUUGCAGAGCAAGAAAUAUGGGCUGCUACGGAACCUUGUGCCCAGAACCAAGCCUUCAAUUGUACUAAUGGUGAUGUUGUUAAAUGGAAAAAACUGUGGAAACAAAUCGCUGAGAAAUUUGAGCUGGAAAUGUUACCAUAUGAAGGUGAAGGAUUUAGUCUCGCUGAAGCAAUGAAAGACAAAGGACCUAUAUGGGAGGCAAUUGUGAAAGAAAAUAAUUUAUGCUCCACCAAAAUCGAGGAAGUUGGAACUUGGUGGUUUGUAGACCUUGUACUUAAUGUUCCAUUUGAGGGUGCCUUUAGCAUGAACAAAAGUAAGGAGUAUGGUUUCUUUGGGUUUCGUAACACAGAAUCUUCUUUGCUAUCAUGGAUUGACAAAAUGAAGUUAUCUAAGAUUAUUCCAUAGCUAAAAUCAGCAGACCUGAAACCUAUUACCAGUCAGUAGGAAGAUUGACUAGCCUGGAGUGAGCUACAUGGUAUGUCUAAUAUCUAGUUGUAUUGUUGCUACUGCACCAUAUAUAAAAUGCUUUUAAAUGGAACUGCUAGUUCCCAUCGUGUUCUAAGAUGGGAUACUCUUAUUUUUGUACUUGCAAAGCUGAACUUUUCCUGCCUCCAUUUGUUUUUGAUAUUUUAAGCUUUGAAAAUAACAAUUGCAAUGAACUCUUCAGUAUUUGUAUCUAAAAUGAGUUCUGGUGGUCAUUCUUAAGCAAUAUGGCUGUACAGUAAAUAAGAGUUCUCGUCAGCUAUGACCAAUGUAUUUACCUUGACUGCAUCCAAGCCCAAUAUAUAUGGUGAAUUUUAGUGUCGUUCUAUGUAUUUAAA